AUAUUGUAUUGUUUCGUUCGAUCCUCCAGUGGCCUAUGAUGAGGAUUGUGCAAUUGACCACUUGCAGGUUUCUCCCUUAGGGAUUCUGCAGCUGACUCCAUGCCAGGACGUUCUGAUCUGAUCGAUCGGAUCGUCGAUGGUCGCAUUAACGCGGAUCAGGAUCUCAGUGCACCAGCAAGAAGGAAAUACAGCUUAUCCUCUUUGGAGGACUUGCCACCAAAAAGGCAAGAGAGUCCUGUACCCGUCCGGCCCAGAAGGAGAGCAGAGAGCCCCAGUACACGGCCAAGAAGUGAAGGGCAAAAGCUCAAAAGAUCCGACACUUGGAACUCCGCCAGUGGCCGGAACUCUGCACGGCCAGCAGCUGUACCGAAGCUUCAGAUGCCUGGAGCAACAGCAAGCGGAAGUCGUCGAGGUUCAGAGAAGCCACAAGAAAAGCCCGUUGAAGAGACGUCGAAGUUGAUCGCAGAAGUACAGACUAUGAAGGCUGCCCUCAGACAAGAAGAGGACCAACUGCACCAGCUACGCAAAGCCUUGAACAAGGACUCCUCACCUUCACCAACAGAAACCGCCUUCUCUGGCCCUGGGUCACCGCAGGAAGAAGUGCUACAGCUCCCGAACGCGGUUCCGGAGAAGGACUCAGCACCUUCACCGACGGAAUCUAUCUCGACCGGGCCAGUGAAGGCGAAGAAGAAGGGUGGCAUACUCCCAUCUUGGAUGCGAAACCUGAUUGACAAGGCGAAUCAGCUCAUGCGUCCUGCGGCAGCCGACUACUUUCCUGAGAAGCAACGCCUCACAACAGCGGACAGCGUGGACGGCAGCGCUGGUUUACAGAUACAGAGCCAGGCCCGAGGAAAUCUGAAGUUUAGCAUAGUUUAGUUUAGCAAAGAAUUGAACGUUGAGCCAUGUUCCGGACAUGUCGAGAGAAGGAAGCUCGGAGUAGAUUCCAGAGCUGUGGGGACAUACGAUAGUGUUUGUGUGUGUGUGUCUUCAAAAAGUACUUGCUUCCGUUUCAUGAGACUCAAGACCUGCCCAGUAAUGCGACCAGAUGAGAUGCGUUAGGGCAUGAGAUGCUUUAGGGUAAUCCUUCUACAUCCUUCUACCAAUUCUGUGAGCAGACCUAGGAGCAAGGACGCUACUAGGGGCUCCUGGCCAUACUACUAGGAGCAAGGACGCUAUUAGUAACAAGGGCAUCGCUACUAGGAGCAAGAACGCUACUAGGGCCUACUAGGGGCUUUACAAGGAUGAAGUCUUGCUUUUUGGGCUCGGCGAAACAGGGCUUUCAGGCUCGGCGAGCCUCAUUGGUUCGGCGCAACUCAAGGGCAAUCACGGCGCCGGGCCUUAAAAAGAGCCGUUCCUCGCUGGCACAAGGGAAAACCAUUGAAAAAAGAGGAAAAGACAUGUGAGUCAAAAAAACAAACCCGGGAAUAUGUAUUAAGUAAGGAAUGUUCCCAGAGGUUCAGAAAUCGCUUGGCCACCGCUUGGUAUUCUGGUGUUUAAAGUGGGUAUGUUACCUCGUCGCGCUAGCAAAACGCAGGGUUGCGCUAGGUUUGGCGCUAGGAUCAAGUACUUAGGUAACUUAGAAAAGAUUAACAAACAAGAGCUGAUUGUAACGGUCACUCACUGGUGCACAUACACACGCACACACCCGCACAGGCACAAGAGCAGCAACUGUUUGAAAGGCAGCGCGCGCUGAAAAAGGCAGCAACUGCUUGAAAGGGAGUAACUGUUUGAGAGACGAGAAAGCGAG